CUUAGUUUUUUAUCAAUCAUGAUGUAGUGGACAUCAAGAAUCAAAGUAAUCAAGUCUGCUUCGGUGAUACAACAAAUAUUGUGCCGAUGAUAUAUUAUAUAUAGUAAAAAUGAAAAAAAUCGUGAAAAUGAGUGUGAUACGAACAAUUAGUUAUUUAACAUUAAUAGUAACAAUAUCAGCUUUACCAAUUAAAAAUCAAAUUAUUGAAGUCCCAGAUUUAAUAAUAGAGCCAGAAAUUAUUAAAGUAGCUAACUUAAAUGUAACGGAAAUAAAAGAAUCAAAUGAUACUGUUGUGAUUGAUAAAACUGAACAGAAUAUUUUAAAAAAUUCUGAUACAGGAUCAAGAAAUCAAGUCAGACCAGGAAUGUCGGUGUCCAAUUACGAUGUAGAAAUCACUAGAAACGGUGACACGUUUACUGGAAGAUUACUUGCUCAGGUGAUCGUAGAAGACCCAAGUACACGAGAAGAUGAUAUCGUCUUCCAAGUUGAAGGUCUAACUAUAGAUUCAGUUCAGUUUUCAAUGGCAGGAGGGUCUAAUUUCCAAAAUGCAGAUUUUGGUGUAGAUGACGGAUUACUUGAAAUUAGUACUGGCAUUGAAGCAACUUUGUACAAUUUUAGAAUAGAAUAUCGUGGAUCUCUACAAGAGACCGGCUUUGGUCUGUAUGUUGGUAGAUAUUUUAACGACGGCACCUAUCUCGCUAUGAACCUACAUCCUACGUAUGCAAGACGAGUGUUCCCUUGUAUCGACGAACCGAACCAAUCAUCCACAAUAAGGUUCACGUUUAAUAACGUUGAGUAUGACAACUUGGUAGUGAAUUCAAUGCUAGAAGACAACAGUCAAACGCACUUCAGACCUUUACAAGGUCCUCCACAUUUAUGGGGCAUGGUGGCUCACAAUCUGAACAACGCUUAUUUCCCAACACCGAAUGUCGUGUUGAACGGACGUCCACAAGUUCUAAACCAAGAGGCUCAAGCAUCUAUCGCCAUUAAUCAUUAUUACCAUGCACUGAACGAAUGGACAAAUAAACCUUAUCUUGAAAUUAUUCUAAAUCAAAAUGGAAGAAUGAACAUUGUAGCAUUGCCUGAUUCUGACAGAGAUUGGUAUGCGCUGUCGACUGUGUGCAUAUGGGAACCGUAUGUAUUCAUGGAAAUUAACCAUUCAGUGAAACAAAGACAACUGGCUCUUACUAGAAUAGCCGAGAUGAUGUCGAAGCAAUGGUUCGGUUACGUCAUACACCCUGAGAACUGGCGCUUCCAGUGGGUCACCAGUGGCCUGUCAACAUAUGCUGGAUACGAAGUGCUUAAGGACUUCCAAGAUGGUCCCCUUGACACAGAUAAUGCUUUACUAGAUGUGAACACAUUAUUUGUAACUGAAGUAAUCCAAGAAAGUCUCCUGCGAGAUGCGUACAUCAAUACUCAAGCUCUGGAACCGAGCGAAGAUAUUUUUAAUGAAGAAGAUAUAAGACAUAAUGUUAAUGGCUUGUUGAAAUACAAAGCUCCCGCUAUCAUGAGAAUGCUAAGAUUGGUACUGGGCGGAGCUGAUGAUGACUUUAUACAGUUAGCUGCUAGAGCACUCCUCAAUAGCAGAUCUUUACAAACAGUUAAUUCAUUGAAUUUCUACGACGCAAUUAACAGUGAGUGGUUAUUUGGUGGUGCUGAAAUAAUAGGCAAUAUACAAGAUUUCUUAGAAGCAUGGGUUCAGGCCACAGGCUAUCCUACAAUUCACGUUGGUUUGAGACAAGGCGGUGUCCUUAUCACACAGGAGCGUUUUGCGUUCUCUCCUGUUACACAAAGGAACUAUGAAAUACCCAUUACAUACACAACCAGUGAGAAUCCAAACUUUGGUGAUGAUAAUAUUCAUCCAAUAAGUGUUAUUGAUGGAACAACAACUUUGGAUUUGGAUAUCGAUGAAGAAGGCUGGAUCAUAUUUAACAUUCAAGCUCAAGGUUAUUAUCGAGUGAACUACGAUCCAGAUUUAUGGGACAAUUUGAUAGAAGCUCUCGAAGACCCGGAGCGCAGGGAACAAAUACAUCCGCUGAACCGCGCUGCAUUACUGGAUGAUGCCCUUAACUUAGCAAGAGCCAGUAAAAUCGAUUAUGAAAUCGCAUUAAGAAUCGCUCUCACUAUGGAACAUGAAACAGAGUAUGCAGUUUGGAAGGCAUUCGUAAGAAAUAUGAAUUUCUUGAGGAAACGACUUACAGCAAUGGUUGAAGAAGAUGAUGACUUAGAUCAGGAUAUUUAUUUGAGAAUGGUGAGAAGAGCAAUUGUUGCAUUUGAAGAUGAAAUUGGCUUCCAACCGGAACGUGUAACAGAACCCGCCAUGGUAUCCCUAACUAGAGGUUUAGUGAUGGACCAUGCCUGCAGAUCUAACUAUGAUCCCUGUAUUGCUGUCGCCAUUGACCUGUUUUAUGAUCCUAAUAAUAAUGAAGUUGUAAAUCCAGACAUUCCUCGGGAUUUGAGACCAGCGGUCUAUUGCACGAUGGUGAGAGAGGGCGACGAAGAUACGAGAACAGCAUUAUAUGAACGAUUGGAAAUUGAACCAUCGUAUUACGAGCGUAUCGUAAUUUUGGAAUCACUGGCCUGUUCUCAAGAUGCCGGUUUUAUAAGAACGCUUUUAGAAGAAACAGUAGCAAACAAUAGCCCGUACAGCGCGGAGGAAAGCGUAAGAAUCUUCAAAGCAGUCGCAGAGAGCAGUUAUCAGAACGCAAGGCUAGCUCUCAGCUUCAUAUCGUUGAGAACAAAUGAAAUCAGGAAUAGGUACGGCGGUGCAGACAAACUGGAAGAAAUUAUAUUGACACUAGGAGAAAACAUGGCGAAUGCAGAUUUGUCAACUGACUUUAUUAACUGGACUGGUUCAAGGAACAACAACUUGGAUGAUUCUGAGAACUUUGCAGAACGAGUAGCAUCACACGUUGAUGAAAAUGUAGAUUGGGAUAACGCACAACUCGAAUAUGUAUACGAAUGGAUAGAUGAAAAUGAUGCGUCCACUGUAUUUGUUUCGGCAAUUUUAAUAACACUAUCUCUAGUUAUUACUAUUUUCAAUAAUUAAUUCUAUUAUUAUUUAGAGUAAGAAA